AUGAGGCAAUGGACUAAUUCCCAAGUGAUCUAUCCAAAUUUAAUACGUUCACGAAUUAAUGAUAGUUAUCGUCAAAUGAAUACUACACGGCCACAGAUUAGAAUUUUAUUGGGCAAAGCCGGAACUGGUAUGUCAAUUAUCUUUGUUAUUUCUCGUUUUCUUCAAAUCAUCAAAGUUGCCAGACAGAUUAGACUACCUCCGCCGUAAAAUCCUAACCAGUGUGUAUAACUUUACGAAGGAACUCUACAGCCAUUCGAGCUGUUACUUUUCGUGCAAUCAAAAAGUUGUAUCGUUGCUGAGAUAUUGAAAUUUUACGAAAAGCCCUGAAAAACGUGGAUUUCGCCAAGAAGAGGAGCACGUGGUCGAUCAUGCUAAAUCGGAUGGCAACAUUUAUUUUAUUUUACUUUAUGUUACUCUUCCUCUUUCAAGGCUACUCGAAGGCACUGAGUGUCAGUCCUGGGGCUCCAUGGAAAUCAGCCAUCACAUCCAGAUCACUCAAAAUCAAGUCUCGCUUGGCUUCCAGUUUGAAGCGGACACUUUAGGCUAUUUACUCAUAAAAAACCAAUAUCUUGUUACUUUAUCGUUUAGAGUUACGAAACGGUUUUCUAAAGAUCUCCUAGAAAACCGGUAAUUGAGAAAUACUUUCAACUUUGUUUUAGUUAUAAAAAGAAGCUUAAAGACUUGGCUAUCGAAUCGCAAAAACCACAAGUUCCUAUCGCCUUUCGUUCUUGAGUUAUUCAAAAAUCACUGACUGGUAUAUAAAAUCCAUCAGAAGAGAACC